AUUGCAAAACGAGAGGUCGAAAAAGUAAGAUCCGACCGCUACGCACCGACCAAACGCGUUACUCACUUUGUUUCGAUAUAUCUAUCUGUCGGACAUUUGUAGCUUUUUUUAAAUUCUUCUUUUUAGCGAGUACACCGUUUUAACGAGCAUGAACAAAUCGAAGACAGCGUUUUAGAGAAAGUCGUUAACACUGCAAACGUUCUUCGAGAUAGAAGCGAUCCGUUUUGUAUGUUUCAUUAUUUUAAAUGAACGCGCAGAAGCGGCAGAAGGUACCGGCGAUAAAAUGCGAUGAGUCCGAGGAGUCGCGGGACGAUUCUUCAGGAUGUUCGCAGAAAACUUUCGACCCGAAUUGCCGGGGAUACGCGUUGGACACACUUCCGCCGGAAAUGUUGGAGACGAUACUCCGACUGCUUCCGUUGCACGAGGUGGCCACUUCGGUGCGCUUGGUUUCCAGACACUUUUCUAUGGUAGCGGCGACAGUGUUGAACGCCGCGUUUCUCACUGCUGGCGCGAGGAUAGAGGUUCUAACGAGUCGCGUGAAACAAACCUUGUGGAAGGCGAAAACUAGCAUAAAGGUGUUGGCCUGCAUAAAGGCCCUGAACACGUUCGAGCUGAUCAAAGCACAGUACAAGCUGCUCAGAGCCGUGACCUGGAGGUACACGCACCCACCUGUGGCUCAUCAAAGGUUCCCAAGGCUUUGCUUCUACGCUGGUAGCUUGCUGGACGAUCUGAACGAUCUGCUAAGCCAAGUGGUGAAAUAUCACACGUGUCUCGACGGUUCCCGCAACGUAUACGCCGUUGCUAUCGACUUUGUCACCGUUUGCAAACGGUACAUGAACUUCUUCGAGAAGGUCUCGGAGCGCAGAGUGAACAGAUCUGCGCUAGUCUCCGGCUGCAAAGUUGUGGACAUUCUGGAUUGUCUCGUGGAGGGCAGGCAAGUGCUGCUCUCAGAGAUAACGAAAAGACGGUCCGGCAGUUGCGUGAUCAACAUGAAGCUGAAGUACGUAAUGGCGCGAGCUUGGUUCACAUGUUUGGCUAUCUCGAAGAACUCCGAGGAGAACUCGUGGCGGGACGAGCAGCGUUUCAUGUACAUGAGGUUGCGCCGUUUGGUGGGCAGCGUGAACGAACACCUGUUCUAUACGAGACAUUACAAGAGCAAGUUAAGUUUGCAGAUACCUCUCCCGUUUCCAGUAAAACCACCGCCCGCGUCCACGUACUCAGGAUAUGGAGAAUACGGCGAUCAGUUCUUCUACUACGGCAACAUGAACAAGGACGCAUACGAUAGCAAGUUCAUGAGCACUGCGAGCUCUUCGAACAACCUGCUCGACACCGACCAGCGGGUGUCGAGGGCGCCGUCUUUCGACUUGGUGAUCGACAUCGAGCUCAAGUGCAGCCCCGAACUGGCUCCGCAUGCCACCCGAGCGGAUCUUAAAUCGGACGUUUUUGAGACCUAUCUCGAGACCUACGAGACUAAGAGAUACAGGCACCAGCAGCUCUUUCUCACGAUGACAGUGACUUGUCCUGCGUCGAUGGCCAACAGGCUGCCGGGCACCUUCGUCUGGAAAUUGCGCAGCCCGCGGUGCGUGGGGAAAAGUUCGUAACAGAAUUUUAUAUUAUAAUUUACAUUAUACGGAUUCUUGUACCUCUUCUGUAUGAACUUUUAUACUAUUAACUAUGUACCUAUACAAAGACAAAACAGAUUUAAUACUAGUUGUUCGUAAAGAAGGUAAGUAUGCUGGUAAAUGCACGUACCUAUGUACGCGUGUAAAGGGUGUUCCAGCAGGCUAGAACAUUGAUAAAUUUCUUUUAUUUCUGGUAACAUGAAAAUAUAACUGAACAGAUACUUAAGAUGUCCGUGUUAGGUGAAACAUCCUGUACAUAUAGAGUAACCAGAAUAAAGAAUAUCAAUUAUAUAAUUUUA